GUAGCAGAGUGAGGAAGUGGCUGCCAUGUACAUGGCAGUGUUCGCCCUCAGCAUGUGACCGGGGCUCCGGCUCUUCUCAGCAGUCAUGGAGCCCGUCAGGUUCCUGCUCUGUCUAGGGCUGCUGCAAGCUGCCUGUGGAUCGCCGCGCUCCAAUCAUACGAAUGUGCUGGUGUUCAGUCUGACAGGACAGUGGGCUAUCCGCAACUCGAACAGCUCUGUCCAGCUGCAGGGCGCAGUACCUGGCUGUGUGCACACGGCUCUACUUAACUGCGGCAUCAUAAAGGAUCCUUACAUUGGAUUUAAUGAUGUCAUUUAUAAGUGGAUUGCCCAGGACGAGUGGACAUACAGCAAGACCUUUACACUUCCACCUGAAAUAAAACAAUCGCAGAAAGUCGUCUUGGUUUGUGAUGCGAUUGAUACCAUUUCUACUGUUAUUCUCAACACAAUUCCUAUUGCAAAAACUCAGAACAUGUUCAAUAGAUAUACUGUAGAUAUAACCCAAAUUAUCAAACAGGAAAAUAGCCUGGAAAUCAAAUUUCAGUCAGCGGUGAACUGGGCAAAAGAAAGGAGCACACAACACGCCUAUGAUAUCCCUCCAGACUGUCCUCCAAAAGUGCAAAAUGGAGACUGUCAUGUCAACUUUAUAAGAAAGGCGCAGUGUUCUUUUAGCUGGGAUUGGGGCCCUUCAUUCCCUACACAGGGCAUUUGGAAGGAUAUAAGAAUCGAAGCAUAUAAUGUGGUUCACCUAAACUAUAUCUCCUAUAGCUCUGUUUUCGAUAACACAACAUCCCAGUGGAUGGUUCUCAUUGAGCCUGUUUUUGAUACAAUCACUAUGAACGUCCUUCCAGGACAAGUAGUCAUCAGGAUACCACAGCUUCAGAUUGACCGGUCUCAGGAUCUGAGUAUUGUUCCUGGUCAGCAGGCAUAUAAAAUUAUUGUAAAAAUUAAUAAGAAUACAUCUGUAGAUUUGUGGUGGCCAAAUGGUUAUGGUCUUCAAACAGGUUACAAUAUGUCUGUCACUUUUCACUUUGGGGGUGAAUACCUUAUUGAAAAGUCAACUAAGGUUUAUUUUCGCACAGUUGAGCUUGUUGAGGAACCAAUUGAAGGCUCUCCAGGACUGUCUUUCUACAUUAAGAUUAAUGGAAUUCCCAUAUUCCUUAAAGGAUCCAACUGGAUACCAGCUGACUCUUUUCAAGACCGAGUCGAUUCUGACAAACUCCGUAAUCUCCUACAGUCAGCGGUUGAUGCCAAUAUGAAUACUCUUCGUGUGUGGGGUGGAGGAAUAUAUGAGAGUGAUGAGUUCUACAACAUUUGUGAUGACUUGGGCAUAAUGGUCUGGCAGGAUUUUAUGUUUGCAUGUUCCCUUUAUCCAACUGAUGAUUGUUUUAUGGAAACGGUCAAAGAAGAACUCCUUCACCAGAUUAGAAGACUUAAAUCUCACCCCUGUAUUAUUGUUUGGAGUGGCAAUAAUGAGAAUGAGGCAGCCAUAGCCAGUGACUGGUUUUCACUACCAAGCUUCAUGAAGGAGGUUUAUGCAAAGGAUUAUCGGAUUCUUUACAUUGAAACUAUCAGAGAGCUUGUCCUUGAGAUGGAUGAGACUCGUCCUUUUAUUGCUUCAAGUCCUAGCAAUGGGAAAGAGACUGUUAAGGAAAAUUGGAUUUCCAAAGACCCAUAUGACGAUCACUAUGGUGAUGUACAUUACUAUAACUAUAUGACAGAUUGUUGGAACUGGACAUCAUACCCCAAACCUCGCUUAGCUUCAGAAUAUGGCUUUCAAUCUUGGCCUUCAUUUAGUACAAUAUAUAAGGUGUCUACUCGUGACGACUGGUCUUACUCGGGCAACUUUAGUACCCAUCGUCAACAUCAUGAUUCAGGGAAUGAGCAAAUGAUGUUCCAGGCUGGGCUCCACUACAAGAUGCCAGUAAAUAUUGAUCCUGUGAAACUGUUUCACGAUACUUUGUACCUGACCCAGGUAAUGCAGGCUCAGUGUGUGAAGCUGCAGACUGAAUUUUACAGGCGCAGUCAGAAUGAAAUUGUUGAUGGACGUGGUUUUACAAUGGGUGCACUUUACUGGCAAUUAAAUGAUAUCUGGCAAGCACCUUCUUGGUCCUCGAUAGAAUAUGGAGGCAAGUGGAAAAUGCUUCAUUAUUACGCCAAAGAUUUCUUUGCUCCUGUCGCGGCAAGCGCUUUUGAAGACCAAAAUACCUUAAACAUUUAUGGAGUAUCUGAUCUGCUGAAUGAAUGUUCUUUCAAGCUGGCAAUUAACGUCUACAGAUGGGAUUCUCUGGUACCUGUCUGUAAAAGGUUGACUAAUGAGUUUAUUUUAAAUGCAAGGAGUUCUGGAGUAAUCUAUAAAGAAUCUAUUGCAGAACUGCUCAGUCGAUGUGGCAACACUACCAGGCAACAUAGUGUGAUUGUCUUCUAUCUGUUACACAAUGGACACAUUAUUGGUUCAAAAAACUGGCAUUUUUUAAGCUCCUUGAAGGAGGCAGAAGGUCUACUAAAAUCUAAUAUUACUGUGUCUAUUUCUAAAGAUGACACGGCUUAUGUGUUCACACUGAUUAGCUCUAAUCCAGUUGCUUUUGUUUGGCUGGAUGUCUGGGACAUUGCAGGAAGGUUCAGUGAUAAUGGCUUUCUCCUGAUUGAAGAGAAGACAGUAGUUUAUUUCUAUGCCUGGGAGCCUACAACUAUAAGUAAUCUAGAGAAGUCACUCCACAUAUCCACCAUACGGGAUAUUUAUCAACAGUGAUGACUCUGUGAAGGGUUACAAAGCCUGGCACUAGAAGCUCUGUUUGAAUGGACACAAUUUCUAACAUUGAAUAAAAUAUUUGGAUUGUAAUUAAUCUUUUUAAUACUUUAUUGUUUGGUUAUGUGCCAUAAAGUAAGUUAUAUUCACUAUUGAUCCAACCAGUAGUCAGUGCCUAACUUUAAAGGAAAUGUGUCACCAAAAAUGUUAUCUGCCAGUUAAAAUCAGAUCGCGACACAUCCUUUUUUCUAAUC